GUCCCCGUUCCCGGCGGCGUCGUCGAUCUGCCGUCGCGGGGGCGCAUCAAAUCGUUCGAUGCGAACCGCGCAGAACACUGCGAGCCAACUGCAUUGGCAUAUGACUUGUCCAAUGGUCCUGACUGGCAGACUCGUGACAUGAAUAUUUUAAUGAGGAUUGCCGGUGCGGGCUCAGACGAGGAGCAUUGGCAGUGCAUCUCCCAAUCGAUGAACCAAAGCCAGAGCAACGUCAACGUGAUCGUGGAUAACAAGCUGCAGCAGCACAUGCUCUGCACUCUAGUCUUGAAGCAGACGAUCCCCGCGAGGUCGACGGACAUCUUGAACUGCGAUUUGACUAACGCGUGGGUGCAUCGCCACCUAGAUAAAUGUGGGCACGAGUGUUUUGCCGAGGUCAUCUUGCAGAGCGUUCAGACGCUCAAUAUCAUGCUGCUGGGGAUCUGGAUGGAUCGCUCCCAC